UUCGCUUUCUUUCUUUCUGACUGUUCACUCUCUUGCUCUCUCUUACACAUACAUAUUAACUCUGUACUGUUUACCUUUUCUUCAUUUGGAUCAUGGUUCAUACAUUGAGGACAAGAUGACCAAUAUCACUUCUGCCCACUGUGAGGGUCAUGUGGGUACAAAGGUGCUGGUGGCCACUGUUUACUCCUUGUUUUCUGUAUCGGGCACUUUGGCCAAUGUCCUGGUCAUUUAUCUGGUCUGCUCUUUCAAGAAACUUAAAACAACUAGUAAUGCCUUCAUUGUCAAUGGCUGUGUCUCCGAUCUUCUAGUCUGUGCUUUCUGGAUGCCACAAGAAAUCAUCUUGCUUUCAACAGGUCGAGUUGAGAAUCACGCAUACAGAGUCUUCAUGGAGGGUGUAUUUUUCCUUUGGAUGACAGUCUCUCUGCUCUCUCAUGCUCUCAUUGCCCUGAAUCGUUUUGUGAUGAUCACCAAACUGCCUACUGUUUACCACACAGUCUAUCAGAAGCGCAAUACAGAGUGGAUGAUCGCUAUGGCAUGGGUGCUGCCACUUGCUUUUCUUCUCCCUUGGUUGUUUGGUCAGAGGCCACGUGAGAUUUCUCUUUCAUGUCCACAGCUACGACUUUAUGUAUUUUUGGGGCAAGAAGUCCCCUUAUCCAGUAACUACACAGCUAUUCUUUCUGCUGUCACUGUGCUGAGCCAGACAGCCAUUGUCCUCCACUGUUAUUUUCGUAUCUUUAGAAAAGUUCAAAUCAGUUUGAAGAGGGUAAGUGUCCUUAAUUUCCAGGUGGUGCACAACCUACCUUGCUCCUGCCCUCGUAAGGACAAACGUUUGGGUCUGUAUGUACUGAUUGUAUGUUGCGUGUUUGCACUGACCACAGAGCCUUUUGCUUGGUCAGUCCUGUAUGGCCUGUUCCAGCCUCUGCCCAGAACUUUGUUAACAGCUAGCUGGCUUCUGUUCUGCUUUCUUUUUGUGCUCAAUCCUUUCAUUUACACCUGGAAGAAUGAAGAGUUCAGAAGAUCCUUCAGAGCUAUUGUAGGGGGUGAAUUAUGGAAAAACACAGCCAUUGCUACUGAUCCAGCUGUUCAGACCAUUUCCCAAAAUGAACCAUAAGUGAAAUUCAAGCAACAGUUGGUUCUCUUUUCCUCCACAUCUAAGAGCCACUAGACAGUGUCUCGAGAGAGCCUUUCACUCGGCAAUCGAAGCAGAUUCUUGACUCUGUGUUAUGCUCAGACUCCUCACUUUUGUAUUGAUGGUUUCCAUGGAAACCUUCUAGAUUCAGCACCCUCAUCUCCACAGGCUAGAAAAACGAGACCAUUGCUGUGAUCUGUAAAUGAUGCGACAAACGUGUGUACAUGCCCACAGAUAUGUACGUUUCAUUCAUUGAUUUUAGGACACAGAAGUGACUGGAGUCAUAAUAUUUUUUUAAAUAAAUGUACAUGUCUACUGAAUGGUGAGCGCUUUUAUUUUAUCAAACCCA